CGCGACGAAGCAUGGACUUUCUCCAAGGCAAGCGCUUGCUCACGACGGCAGCAGACCCCCAAGCAUCUAACACGUCUCCAAUCUUCACCAGAUCUCCCAUGCAGUUGACGUCGUCCACGAUGGGAGCUGCACCGACCUCCCCACCACAGAACGCAUUCAAGAAACGUCGUAAAGCACAAGAUCGGUUCUGCUUGAGCCCCCUUCAAGAUAGCUCAAGCACUCCCGGCCUCGCGGUUAUUGCAGCAACAAACUUAUCGCCAUCUCGACGCGAGUCGCAGCGUACGGAAGACUCUCGCCCUGUCGACCCCACACGCGACACUCUGAAUGAUUGUGAACGCAUGUGUCCGACUUCUAUGGCUUCAUCACCUGUGUCCAUCUUACAAAAGAGUACGUCAGACGUACGCCAGCGCACCUCCAAAUCUCGUGAUCCGUUGGUCCCCCAUGCUACCCGCACAUUUCCUUCUUGCAUAUCCAUCAACUCCCCACCGAAGAAUCGUCCCAUCGAACAAGAUUCGCUUCAAAUGCCAUCGGACAUCUCGUCGUCGUCGAUGGAGAUCCCAGCACCGGUGGAAGCCCUUCAGAAGUCCCUUAUUUCUACGUUUUGGUCUCGGCACAUAACUCCCCCCAGUCAGCCAUGGAAUGCACUUUCAGUCGCCACGGCAGCCCAACCAACAGGCGCCGUCCAACUGGAUGAAGACAUACGGGCAUACUGCCAACGAGGUCCUGUGUCGCGCCUGUCACGGACGCUUGGAAAGACUUGGUUGACCAACAUGCUUCGCGCUUACGACAUGCCAUCAACGUUAGCGCAUGACGACGAGCACACAGCGGCGGCCGAGCGGCAAUUGGCACUCGUGGUCGCACAAGCACAGGCACAUUUUCACCCAGGAGAAAACAAACUCGACGAGUUUGUGACGGCUCUAUUUAACGCCGUCGCCAACGAAAUUUGGGACUCUUGCACGCACGACUUUGUCCACACGGUGGCAGGCCACUAUCGCGACCUCCUCACAAACUUGCCAGCACUUUUGAAGGAGCGAGACACGAAAUUGCUCGCUGCAACCAAAUCGAUUCGUCACUUCCAAAACAAAGUUGUAGCGUUGCAAACCACGAUGGAAACCCUCGCACGAGAUAAUGCGGCGCUUCAGACUCGGAUCGACCGCGCAGAUGAGAAUGCAAAGUCCACACACGACACCAUCCAAGACUUGGAAGGAGUGUUGCGCGAUGCUGUCGCGGCGGAAUUGGCGGCCACUGCCUUGGCCAAACAACUGGAGCUGCAAGUUCGUGAAGUCGAGAAUUCCCUCGAUCUUAAGACACAAGCAUACGAUCAACUCACUGCCGAUAUGGAAGAGAUGAACCAUCGAUGCCUCGGGCUCGAACGCACUGUACUCGACACCAAGCAACUUCUUGUCGACGCGACUCAAGAUCGCGACUCUGGAUUGCUUCAAAUCAAGGAGCUAACGGCCCAAUCGGCUCAACUUGGGCGUGACUUGGCGGCUCUGAACAUCAAGAUCAGCGACAUGCAUGUGGAGCAACAAGUGCUCCAUCUUCGGUUGAAUGCCGAAGCGACUCAGAGCGAGCGCCCUCCGCCAGCACACCUGGGGUCGUCACCCGGAUCAAUGUCUCAAGAGAGCUCAAACGACGCAAUUACUGCGGCGCUGCAACGAAGGAUCGAAGAGUUGCAAGACCAAGUGUUUCGCCAGUCCAUCGACUUGGCCAAUAAAGAGAAAGCGUUUCGAUCGCUGCAGAAUGAACAGGACCACAAAGACCAGCUUCUCAAACGCUUGGACGAGAUGAUUGAAGCUGCAAAAGCGGAAAACAAUACUCUCCAAUCCGCCCACGAUGCCCUCUUGGUUCAGAGAGAUGCGCUCAAACUACGACUCGACGCAUUGCGAGCGGACGACGGGCAGGGCCAGCUCAAACGACAAGUCCAACAACUCACAGCGGACCGAAUUCAACUUCUUGAAGAGCUUGCCCGUAUUGUCCUAGAGCGCGAUGUCGCCCUUGACGACCUCGCCCGAGGUCGACGCAAGCUUGAGAACAUGCGACGCCACCUUGCAGUAGUCGUGAUUGAGGUAAAGCGCUUGCGGGAUUCCCAUGACAGCCUUCGAGUCGCCGUGACCAAGCAGCUGCAAGGGUGCCAAAGCCAUCUUGUCAGCGUUUCGAUGAGUGUUAACGCUACCAUGGCAAAAGUUGCUGCUCGAGAGGCUGGUUUGUCCCAUGAUAUUUUCAACAUGCAACGCGCAACCGUGCAAGGCGACCCUGUCUUUCGCUACACUCUGCAACUCUUUCAAAAACAACUCCGCCGAAUUCGAGCGUCGUGGACGGACCUCCGACACGAAACUGCUUCUGGCAUGAAUCUCCUUGCGACAUACCAUUUGGAGAACACCCAACACGUACAACGCUUGGCGAAACACGCACAUGACAAGUUGACACAGUUGCAAAAGCCCAAACCCAAGAAGCACCCCUUCAUUUCCAUACCCUCGACGAAGUCCAUGAAACAGAUUGGGAUUGUGUCCAAGGCAACUGCAGUCAACACUGCGCAUCGCGCGAACGCGACAACCCAAACGACUGUCCAAGUCGCACUAUCACAAGGCGCCACGAGCGACGUGGCCGAGCAUGUGACCAACGUCUUGCUUCCAGUAAUCGAAGCCACGGAAAGGAAACUUAUGGCUGUGAUGGACAAAGUCGAACGACAGAAAAUGGAUCUUUUAGCUGCAUAUGAGCGCGAAGCAGAGCUGCGGAAUCUGCUGGACAACUCCUCGGCAUCGCCUCCGUUGAUCCACGCCCCCGUUCAUCCAUACUCACAACCAUCACACGAUCGACUUGUUCGAAAAGAGACUCCCGACGUCAUUGUCCUCUUCCGAGAGAAAUUGCUGUCCAUGACAACGGGAGACGAGAAUGCGCAUCUUGCCUCGCAUGUGGCGGAUUUGUACGACAUGCUGCAUGCAAAUUUGGACGAACUCGAAGCUGCGCUGGACGAUGGACCAGCGCUGUACCUGCAGCGCCGCGACAGCCAUGGCAGCAUUGUGGCAGAUUCUUUCAACCCAGUGGCGUUGAAUCAGCAAACCAACAUGCCGCCAUGUCCCAGUCGUCACCCCUUCAAGCAGUCAAAAACGUCAUCGCGCACGCUGUUCCCAGGCGCUCGGUCCGACCCACCUCUGACGAACUGCAUUCAACAAGUCGAUGCAUCCAAGUCGUCAUUCCCCCAUGAGGACGGUGUGGCCGUGCCAGAGGCCACGUCGUCUACAUUCAGCAUAUCCGUCCACGACGGGGAGAUUCAAAACCUUCCUGUGGCUGUCCGCAAACGAGUUCACACUGCCGUGCUGAAGCUCGCUGCCACCGCGCUCUUUCAAGAUGACAUCAACGUCAACGACAUUGCGUCGCUCUUGAUCGCGAGCGAUCCUAAUGCCGACGUGUCGUCGCAUGGUGUUGAAGACAUCCGCGACGACCAACUCAUCCAAAACAACGUGAGUUGUUUCUCGUUGGCAGCCACGGGCUCCAACCUCUCUCAUGAUGCCCCGUCCAACGAAUCGUCCAACCACCAAAAGACAAGAUUUCGACAGGUCGGUGACAGUGGUGCCCCUACUUAUUCUGUGCCAGCGGUGAAGGUCGUCACUCGGCUGUUGGAACUCGUGGGGGAAGAUGUUCACGCCUCGGAGAAGAAUGCGGGUGAUGCGACAACCCCCUCGAAAACAUGGUUGCUCAAGCAGAUUCGAAGCAUAUACCACGACAAGUACAUUGCCGAGUCCCUCGAACACGCGGCGUUUAAUGUAGUCCUGGCGCUCCCGGAAUUCAUCGUGCAAUGGGCGUUCCUCAAGUUUGGAGUCAACGAACUCGUAUCCAAGAACUGUCAUGCCAUCAUGAAUGGGGCAAACGCGUGGAAGGCCAGUAUUCCUGAAGUCAGUCUUUUUGCCGCGUUUUUGGCUGAAAAGGGUCAAUUCGGGUUCGGCAAGUCGGACCUGUCGCUCUUUUUGCACGCCCGGCAGCUGGUCAUGAAUUGCGUCGGCGACCUGCAAGCUCUUGGCCAUGAUGACAUGCCUCAAUUGACGUCAACCCAGGCCCAGAACAUUGUACAUCGUGUCUUUCAAACAUUGGUGCACGGCCACAGACACUUGAUCUUGGCCAAGUUGGAAGGCUUGCUAAAGCCCAUUACCCACUUACCCGAAGAAGAUGUUGCGUCCGUCCACCAAGACCCGGCGCCCCAAGACAAACUGUCAGAAUCUCCAUCGACACUCCCAUGUUUUAACUUCCAAGGGCUACCAGCGUCCACCAGUGCAGCAUCCAGCGGUCACUUUCCGCAAGGGAAUGUGAAGAAAGCCAUUCCGAGCCACGUUCCUGACCCCAAGUUAAUACUUGAUUCUGCCCUGGACAGCUCGCGUCCAUUCGGAGAGGAAAAAUGGAUCGACGUGCACCAGCUGCUCUUGUUUUGCGUUCUCGAGUUCCGAGAGGAGCGGCGUCGAUUCUUCACAGACAUGCAGGGGUAUGUUGCCAACAAAAAACUUCGCGAGGAUGUGGCCAAGGCAACGUUCGACAGCAUGAUGCACACGUUGUUCGAAUGGACGCCAUCGAUUUGCGAGUUAAUUUUUGAAGAAGCUAGCCAACAUGGGUUGAAGAAGACUGUUGAGAGUGAUGGGACUGUGCUCGUGGAUUGCCAGCACCUCAUGUGUAUGGCACUGCAGUACUACACGAAUCUCUUUGCUCUUGCUCGGUUCACCGACGGUCUCAGCGUCGACCAGACCGAGGACCCCAUCGCUUCCACGGACACCAGCUUUACGUUGCAGGCAGCUCCACGAUUCCGCGCCCGCGACGUGUCCCGCGUGUGUCAAUGACGCCAAACCUUCGCGGUUUCGUCAGGUUAAAAACACAAAACAUUUUGUCAAAAAAUGUGACACAAAAAUUCGCCAAAAUAGAAAAAAACAUCCCGAAUCAAUCGAACGAUCCUUAACA